AUGUUUAAUAAACUGAAAGCAAGAUUCACCAAAGUGAAGCCAAAACCAGAGGAGGAAAAGUCCAAGGAUGAAGAGGCCCCUCCUAACCCACCACCCCAACAGCUGCCACCCACAGGGCAGGAUGAAAAUAAAAACAAAAAUGAGCCACAGAAAGGCGAGACUGAUAAUACUGCACAACCAGAACCAAAGCAACAAGGCCCAUCAACCUCGGCUGGCUGCAAUACCUCCUCAGCUCACCCACACUGGAGCAGAAGCCUGAAACACCAUACCUUCCUGGAUCAUUCCAAGAGGAAGCGCUUCCAUGUUGAAUUUAUGAUUGAAGUUCUGGACAGGACCAACAACCAGGUCCAGUACGUAAGACAGAGGGACUUUCAGCAAGAGGAAAUCAUGCUGAGAGGCAAAAGGAAAGGCUCAGGCUGGCUUCACAGUUGGAGCACAGAGUUGGAGCAGACACUUGCUUUGCAGUUCCUGGAACAGGAACGGUGGUUAAGGGAGGAUGAGAAAGCUCAGCAGAAAGAACUGUUUGGCUCAUCUCAAGGCCGUGUUGUAAAUGAGUAUACUGAAGCCCAACUGCAAGAGAUUGUCAAAAAAAUGAGGGCAAGGACAUCAGCCUAUAAAGAAAAACUGACUGACCCACUACAGUCUUCUCCUGAGGGCAGUCCUACAACUUCUCCAUCUAAAAAGAAGCCUCCGCCUCCACCCCCACCAAAAGAAGAGAAAAAAGAUGAAGAAAAAAAAGAGGAAGGUGAUGCCAAGCCAGAGGAUCAUUACUGUGACAUGCUGUGCUGUAAAUUCAAGAAACCACCAUUGAAAGAAUACCUGAAGAAGAUGGAGCUACCAGACAGUAUAGAUGCAUACACAGAUCGCCGCUAUGUAGUGUGGCUCCUGAUUGUUACCAUUGCCUAUAACUGGAACUGCUGGUUCAUUCCACUGCGCUGUGUGUUCCCAGUACAAACACCAAGCAACAUAUUCUAUUGGAUCCUCGUAGACACCAUUUGUGAUAUUUGCUACUUGUGUGAUCUGUUGGUGUUCCAGCCCCGAAUGCAAUUUGUAAAAGGUGGCGAUAUAAUAUCAGACAAAGUAGAAAUGAAGAAACACUACCAGACAUCUCUGAGGUUUCGGCUUGAUGCGGCAUCAGUAAUACCAGCUGAUGUUUUAUACUUCAUCUUUGGGUUUAACCCAGUGUUUAGAGCAAACAAGCUGUUAAAGCAUAUGGCCUUCUUUGAGUUCAAUGACCGGUUGGAAGCUAUCCUGGAUAAAGCAUACAUCUACAGAGUCAUUCGAACAACUGGAUACCUGCUGUUUAUCUUGCACAUUAAUGCAUGUAUUUAUUACUGGGCCUCAGAUUUUGAAGGAAUUGGCAGCACCAGAUGGGUGUAUGAUGGCAAAGGAAAUAUGUAUCUGAGGUGUUACUACUGGGCAGUGCGCACUUUAAUUACCAUUGGUGGUCUUGCGGAACCGCAAACCCUCUUUGAGAUAAUCUUUCAGCUACUGAAUUUUUUCACGGGUGUCUUUGUGUUCUCCAGCUUAAUUGGUCAGAUGCGGGAUGUAAUUGGAGCAGCUACAGCAGGACAGAAUUAUUACCGUGCCAACAUGGAUAACACCGUCUCUUACAUGAACACCUAUACAAUUCCAAAAGUAGUUCAGAAUCGUGUUCGAAGGUGGUACGAAUACACAUGGGACUCUCAAGGAAUGCUGGAUGAAUCAGAAUUACUGGAGCAGAUGCCAACCAAAAUGCAGUUAGCCAUUGCAAUUGAUGUGAACUUUGCCAUUGUCAAUAAAGUUGACCUAUUCAAAGGGUGUGAUACUCAAAUGAUUUACGACAUGCUGCUGAGACUGAAAUCCAUUGUGUAUUUACCUGGUGACUUUGUCUGCAAAAAGGGAGAGAUUGGCAGAGAGAUGUACAUCAUCAAGCAGGGAGAAGUUCAAGUUCUUGGAGGCCCAGAUGGUACAAAAGUCCUGGUUACCCUGAAAGCAGGAGCUGUAUUUGGAGAGAUAAGCCUAUUAGCAGCAAGUGGAGGAAAUCGGCGGACCGCUAACGUGGUGGCACAUGGAUUUGCCAAUCUCUUUAUUCUAGACAAGAAGACUCUCAAUGAAAUCUUGGUGCAUUAUCCAGACUCGGAAAAGCUCCUGAUGAAGAAGGCUAAAGUGCUGCUCAAGGAGAAGGGUAAGCCUGCUGAAGGGCCACAAGUGCAAACAAAAGGCUUGUCCAGUCUCUUUGCAACAAAACCAGAAACUCCCAAACUAUUCAAAGCAAUGUUUGGAGGGCCAGGAAAAGGAGGCCUAGCUAUGCUGCUCAAGAUGAAGAGACAGCAAGCUGUUCAGGAAAAAACUGAAGAAAAGAAACCUGAGCCAGAGGAAAAGAAACCUGAGCCAGCACCAGAACCCACAGCCCCACCUAAACCAUCUGUGCAAAUGGAAGAGCCAGGUGAAAAUUUUCAACCUCCACCUAAACCGGUUCUGCUCAGAGGAACCACUAAUAAGUCCCUUAUCAUCAGCAUGGCUCCUUCCCCCAUAGCAGGAGAAGGAGAGGUUCUCACUGUUGAGGUCAAAGAAAAGAGACAGGAGUAG